AUGCCCAGCCAGCGUCUUCAAUUCUUUACGGUUCUGGAGUUUGGCAAAUGCUCAGAGAAUCUGCCCCAGGGCGCGAGCCGCGCAGGCUUGAGCUGGCUGCGGUCGCUUCGCCUUUACUCCCACCACGGCUCCUACUGCGGGGACUUUCAUCCCGUCUCCCGUCCUCAGCUCCCACCUUUUAAAACAUUUUUCAAAGCUACCCCACUAAAAGUGCGCGACUUCUCCCGGGCCUGCAGAAGGGGCUCCCGCAGCCCGGCAUUCCUCAGAUUCCAGCGCCGUGACGUCCCCGAGGACCGCGCGCCCGCAGCCCCGGAGCUCGGGCUCCACGUCUCCGCGCGCGUCCCCGCGCCCCCCCCGGCGGGCGCGCGCCCUCCCGGCCGCAUUCCUCGCCCCGGCGCGCCCCGCGCUGCCCCGCUCCGGCCAGCGCCGGCGAGCCCGGCCCGGGGGUGGGGGAGCGCGGCCGCCGGCGCCUGCUCCGUCCCCUCCCACCCGCACGGCCCCUUCCUCCCUCCUCUCCCCGCCGCUCGCAUUUCCUGCCGCUCUGGCUCUCCCGGCCCCUCGAAGUUCGUCCCAACUUUCUCUCGGCCGGGCGAGCGCGGCCGGCGCAGUCGCGGGGACAGGGCGCUGCGCCCCUGCGCGCUCGGCUGCCGCCUCCGCGGGCGCGCGUCCUCCGGGAGCAGCACACGCAGAGUGGCCGCUGGCGGUCCUCCCGCGCCCACCUCUCCCGGCCUCCCGGGCCCGGCGCCCCUCGGGCGGGACACGCCGGUGCUUAGGUGCUUCCCCGCGUCCCCUCCGGGGCGCCCCUGCGCCGCCUCCCGCGCCGCGGUCGCGGCGGAAACCUCCCUCCCCUCUCGCCUCCGCCGGCUCCUGCCCUCCGCCCCUGCGCCGCCAGCCACUGCAGCCGGUCCCGUGGGGACCUGGGGCUCCGCGGCCGCGCAGGACCACCUUUCCGCGCGGGGCUCCGGGACGCGACGGGGGCCAUGUGAGCAGCUACCUUCCAGAGGGCCACAGCGGGCAUGGACACCCUUUUCGCUACCUGCAGGAGCACGGGUGAUAGUGGCGACAUCCGGUCACGGAGCUGCUGAGGCCGUCUCGGGGGCGUGUGCGCCAGGACAGGAGGGCGGCGUCUGAGGGCCACGGAGCCAUGCC